ACAGAGACGCGCCCCCUCCUCCCCUCCCCACCGCCCGCCCGCCCUCACCUCGAGCUGGCGCUGCCUCCCCGCUCCGCCGCCGCCGCCUCGCCCGCUCGCCACUGCGCCCCGCUGCUGUCCCCCUGGCGCCUGGCCCCGCCGAGGGGCAGGUGGCCAGCCCAGCCCUCUCCCCCGCUGCCCUGCUGCGGCUGCAGCGUCUCUCGAUCCCCGCUGCAGGGAAGUCGCAGCGCCGAUUGCCAAGCGGGAGGAGAGGACAGGAGAGGAGUGGAGCCGCCGGCGGCUCGGGCAGCGCGCUGCGUCUGGGUCUCCGGGGAUGGACUGGGCUUCGUCCUGCGCCUCAGCCUGCCCGCGGAGAGGAGAGCGGUGAUCGUCCGCACAGCCCGACAGGGAGGAGAGGCGCCCCGGGUAAAUGUCACGGCUCCCCGUCCGCUCCCCGCCGCCACCCCGCGCAUCGCUCACCUCGGGAGGGGGCUGUGAAGGUGGCGGCAGAGGCAGUCCCGGCUGCGGCGCGCCCCGCCGCCGCUCGCCGUGAGGGAGCGCCCCGGCAGCCGCAGUAGGUAAGCAGUGGAGAGCUGGAAAACCUGGUAGAAAACUCUUUUGUCUUUCCUGCUUGCAUCUAUGGAACCUGGUUUGCAAGGUUGAUAUUAAGAUAUUAAGUGUGAAGGAGGGAAGUAGUGGAAGACUUCAACCACAAUUGUGAAAAAUGAGCAGUGUCAACCUGGUGCAGUGAUUGUCUCCAGGACUUGAACCCACUAAGUCUUAAGGUCUGUUUCAAGUAUUCUAAGUGUGGUGCAAUGAGAGAUGCUGUUGUCCAUGACAGGCUGGAAUUGUUAUGAUCAAGUGCUGUGUUUUGACUUCACCCAGUGGCUAAAAUAUUUGUGUGGGAGAGAGGAAGUGUUGGACUUUUAGAAGAGUUAAACAGGCCCGUGACGGAGGGUUAGCCCAGAUCAGUGGAGUCAUGCGUCACACAGCUCUAUCAUGCUGGCAGCCGUUCCUGGGUCUGGCUGUGCUGCUUGUCCUCGCGAGCCCCACUGCGGGCUGCCCAGCCCGCUGUGAAUGCUCAGCACAGAACAAGUCUGUCAGCUGUCACCGAAGACGUCUGAUGUCCAUUCCAGAAGGCAUUCCCAUUGAGACCAAAAUCUUGGACCUCAGCAAGAACCGACUGAAAAGUGUUAACCCUGAGGAAUUCACAUCAUACCCGUUGCUGGAGGAGAUUGACCUCAGCGACAAUAUUGUCUCCAAUGUUGAGCCUGGAGCUUUUAACAAUCUCUUCAACUUGCGCUCCUUGAGGCUGAAAGGAAACCGUCUGAAGCUGGUCCCCCUUGGGGUGUUCACUGGGUUGUCAAACUUAACAAAGCUUGAUAUAAGUGAAAACAAGAUUGUCAUUCUGCUGGACUACAUGUUUCAAGAUCUGCAUAACCUAAAAUCCCUGGAGGUUGGGGACAAUGAUUUGGUGUAUAUAUCACACAGGGCCUUCAGCGGGCUGCUUAGCCUGGAGCAGCUCACCCUGGAGAGAUGCAACCUCACAGCUGUACCAACAGAAGCUCUUUCUCACCUCCACAACCUCAUCAGUCUGCAUUUGAAACAGCUCAACAUUAAUGCUUUGCCGGCCUACGCCUUUAAGAGACUGUUUCGCCUGAAAGACCUGCAGAUAGAGGCCUGGCCCCUCCUGGACAUGCUGCCUGCCAACAGUCUGUAUGGUCUCAACCUGACUUCUCUCUCCAUCACCAACACCAACCUGUCUGCAGUACCUUACUCUGCUUUUAAACAUCUGGUUUACCUGACACAUCUCAACCUCUCUUACAACCCCAUCAGCACUAUUGAGGCAGGCAUGCUGUCAGAUUUAGUGCGCCUGCAGGAGCUCCACAUGGUGGGGGCACAGCUGCGCACCAUCGAACCACAUGCUUUCCAAGGGCUCCGAUUCUUACGCGUGCUUAACGUGUCCCAAAACCUGUUAGAAACCCUAGAAGAGAAUGUAUUCCAUUCCUCCAAAAGCCUUGAGGUCCUCUGCAUCAACAACAACCCCCUGGCCUGUGACUGCCGUCUUCUUUGGAUUUUGCAGCGGCAGCCCACCUUGCAGUUUGGCGGCGAGCCACCAAUGUGUGCUGGCCCAGACAGUGUCAGAGAGAGAUCAUUCAGAGACUUUCAUAGCACAGCUCUCUCCUUUUACUUCACCUGUAAGAAGCCCAAGAUACAAGACAAGAAGUUGCAGUACCUGGUAGUGGAGGAAGGGCAGACCGUGCAGCUGAUGUGCAAUGCUGAUGGGGACCCGCAGCCCACCAUCUCCUGGGUUACCCCACGCCGCAGGCUGAUCACAACCAAAUCCAACGGUAGAGCCACUGUGCUGGGAGAUGGCACCCUGGAGAUCCGAUUUGCCCAAGACCAGGACACUGGGAUCUAUGUCUGUAUUGCAAGUAACGCAGCUGGGAACGACACCUACUCGGCCUCCCUGACAGUGAAGGGGUUUACUUCAGACCGUUUCCUUUAUGCCAACAGGACCCCUAUGUAUAUGACAGACUCCAACGACACAAGUUCUAAUGGAACUAAUGCAAACAGCUACUCUCUGGACCUUAAGACAAUUUUAGUGUCCACAGCUAUGGGCUGUUUCACAUUCCUUGGAGUGGUUUUAUUUUGUUUCCUUCUUCUUUUUGUGUGGAGCCGAGGGAAAGGCAAACACAAAACCAGCAUUGACCUUGAAUAUGUCCCUCGCAAAAACAAUGGUGCUGUGGUUGAAGGGGAGGUUUCUGGACCACGAAGGUUCAAUAUGAAAAUGAUUUGAUGGUAUUCUGCUAGCAGUGCUUUUUCUGUGGCAUUAAAACCAAUUAAAACAGCCUGGCAUGUGGAAAUGCUAGGCAGAAGCAGCUUAAUGCAGCUGUCAGUGUAUCAAAAGGUUAUAUGAAAAUGGAAAGACUUUUUGUGGUUACACAACAGAGCCUCCAGACCUUGAGGCAGAUGUGUCAGGGCCUUUCAUAGAACUGGGAAAUUGUACUAACUGUUUGCAUUGCAAAUAUUGGCAUUCUGGGGAUAUCAGCAAUGAACCACUGGCUCAUGCUCAUGGACAAUUGUUCAACAUUUUCUACUGCUAC